AUGGUACAAUGGUUAAUUAUUAUUCUUAUUUAUAAUUUUACAAUUGUUAAAUUAUCAUUUGGUGAAGUAACACUUUCAUUACGUUUACUUCAUUAUAAAAAUCGUAAUGGUUUAACAUAUGAAAAUCGUCCAUGUGAUACAAGACUCGAACAUGAUAUCAAUCGAGAUGGUCGAUGUGAUACAGGAUUUUUAUUUUGUCUUGUACGUUUACCAUUUCAAAAUCCACAUAAUUGCACAUUAGGUGAUCAUUUUACGGGCUUUGUUGGUGCUGAUGAUAUACAUUUUGUAAAUAUCAAUCAAAAAUUUCCAAGAUCGUCUUAUGCAGUACAAAAUAAAAAACAACGUUCAUCAUUAAUUUCACUUUGGUUUCAACCAACAAUUUAUUUUCAUUUUAAAUAUCCAAAAAAUGGUAUUGGUCUUAUUGUGGAAGUGUUCGAUAUAGAUGAUAUUAAUAAUCAUACAAUACAUGAUUCGAUUGAUUUUUAUGGACGAACAUUACUUGAUCUUAAACUUUAUCCUUCAAUUGAUAUUGCACAACCACAAAGACUCUAUCUUCGAAGUCUAUUUGGUACUUAUACAAAUUUAACUGCUGAUUUUUCGCUCUAUUGUUCACCAAAUUAUUACGAUGAGAAUUGUGAAACAUUUUGUUUACCGAAUGAACAACGUUAUGAAUGUGAUUUAAAUACUGGACAAAAAAUUUGUAAACAUGGAUAUAUUGGUUCAGAUUGUCUUAGUGAUGUACGUGCAUGUGAAGAUCAACCUUGUCUAAAUAAUGGAACAUGUGUUGUAUAUCUUCGAAGUUAUUUAUGUCAAUGUCAAAAAGGGUUUAUUGGUAAAUCUUGUGAGAUUGAUUCAACUAUAAACAGCAUUAAUUAUACAUGUAAUCGAGCAACUUGUGUUCAUGGUGAUUGUUCAAAAAAUGGAGCAUGUAUAUGUCAUGAUAACUGGACAUUAGAAAAUUGUAAUCAAAGUCUUAUUAUAAGAGAAACUGCUUGUACAAGUUAUCCAUGCUUGCAUAAUUCAACAUGUGAAAAUUUAAUUCAUGGAAAUUCAUCAUUAACGUAUCAAUGUCAUUGUCGACUUGGUUACACCGGUCGGAAUUGUGAAGUUGCAAUCGUUACAUCUUGUGAACGAACACCAUGUAUACAUGGUCAAUGUUUAAAAAUUGAUUUAUAUACAGAAAUAUGUAUCUGUGAAAAUAAUUGGAGUGGAAUUGAUUGUUCUCAAGCAUUAACAACUACUGCUGUAUCAAUCACCGAGCUUUAUCCUAUCACAUCAAUGCCAUCAAUACAAAUACCGCUGAUAAAACCAAUAAAAAAUUUAGCAAAUACACCUUUAACAACUGAUUUAGCUGAUUAUUUUGAUUUGUUAAAUGUAAGUUCUGGAAUACGUCGAGCAGUAAAUUCAUCACAAUUAAUGACAACACCUUCAAUUUCGUAUAAAAAUAAAUAUUCACCAUGUUUAAGUACACCAUGUCUACAUAAUUCAACUUGUGUUGUACAAUCCGAUUAUCGUUUUCAUUGUAUUUGUCCAUCUUCAUUUAUUGGAAUUUAUUGUGAAAUUGAAACAAAUCCAUGUGAAAGUUCACCAUGUCAACAUCAAAGUAUCUGUAUAACAAAAUCAAAUCAUGAACUUCAAUGUAUAUGUCGACCACAAUACACAGGCAAAUAUUGUGAAAAUCCUCCAUUAUUACCUGAGCUGAAAUGUACUCUUGUUUGUUUAAAUGAUGGUAUUUGUCAGAUUAAUGAAUCCAAUAAAGAACAGUGUAUAUGCAAAGCAUCAUACACAGGUUCCCUUUGUGAAUUUGCUAAAAAUAACUGUACUGAUUCCUUAUGUCAUAUUGACCCAUGUACAUCGAAUCCAUGUUUAUUUAAUGGAACAUGUCAAUCAGUAAUCUCUUCGACAAAUUACACGUGUUUAUGUCUUGAACAAUAUACGGGUGAUCGAUGUGAAGUUGAUAUUAAAUUAUAUUCAUCAUCUGGUAUGUCAGGUGAUAAUCAUGAUGAGAAUAAUUCCACAGAUCUUUGGCCAUUAGCUAUUGUCUUCGGUUAUGUAUUUUGUUUAAUGUUAGUUUUUAUUAUUAUUUGGUUUUUAUGGUAUGGUUUAACUAUUCGUCCUCAAUCAUAUUUUCGUUCCGAUAUUCCAUAUAGUGAACGUACUACUGAUCGUUAUCAACCAUAUCGUUUAGGUGUUAGUAAUCCACUUUUUUUUACAAAUCAAGAAUAUAAUUCAAAUCAAAUAUUAAAAACAUUUUCACAUUAA